GAUCACUACGACAAACAUGUCUGAUUUAGCAAGACAGCAAAUUAGACCUAGCCUGUCUGAUUUGAGAGAUCUUCCACCAGAGUAUGAUAUAGUCGAUGACGAUGAGGAGGAUAGCUUACACAGCCAAGAGGAUGGAGAACCUACACAUGCACCUGCAGCCACAGCGAGUCGAUCACUGCCUCCGACGAUUGGAGCAGAAGUGAAACCUGGUCCGUCUUCUGUCCUAAAGAAAGAUCCAGAUAAUGGAGCAAGGAAGUCCAAAACGGUCAGGAUAGAAGAAAGUCCAGAUGUACAAGGCGGGAGAAAGAAUCCAAACCAAGCACGACAACAACGAUUCACCAUUCCGCUUGAAGAAGAAGACUACGACGAAGAAGCUCCCGGUAUUGAUGCGGGUGGAGCAUCUGCUUCUUUCCUGCCUCUUAUAGGCACAAUCCAGGAACGCAAACCCGUCAAUCAUUCCACUUCAGCAUCAAAAUCUGAUCGAGCCGGUCAAUCACGCUUUGCGGCUCGAAGACAGCUUGACCGAGAUGCAGGCAUUGCAAAGCCGGUGCAACAAGGGCAUCCAACAAAAAAGCCUGCUCAAGCUGCAAAGCCCAGCGUUGAUGAUGAAAUUUGGCUAGAUGAAGAUGGCAGUCCAAUGUCUGCAUUUCGAAAAAAUCGUUUGUUAAAGCAAGGCUUACGUCCGCCGAGCAUUCAAGCAGUAUCGAAGGAACAGCCUACAAGCAGCAUCACCCAGAUUUCACAAGGGAACAGUAAUGCUAUCGAAGGCAGCUUGGAAGCCCUGAUGAAGUCUAUUGCAGCUGAGAAUGAGGCAAAGAUAGCAGCAAUGUCAGCCGAUGAAAUAGAGCAUGAUAUGCAAGAUAUCAAGGAAGCCUUUGGAUCGAAUAUACUGGAGCUACUAAAAAAUCGGCGAAAGAAGGCUGAGGAGAAGAACCAUGAUGCAGCUGUAUCAACUACAUCCAUCGAGCCUAAAACAGAUGCAUUACAAGCAGAAACACCUGAAGAACAAUCUCCUGAAUAUAUACGGCAGAAAUACUUCCCUCAUGAGCCUAAAUGGAUGCCAGAUGCACUGAAAUGGACGCAAGAUCAGACAGAAGACGAGAAUCAUCCUUCCACAUUCCGCUUUGACUUUUCCGGAAAAGUUAUUGAUACGAGCAUUGAGGAUAAUACAACACGACUUGCAGGUCUACAUAAUCAUGGACAAGAUCAAGAUAAGCCGGGAUAUACGAUACAAGAGCUAUUACAUCUUUCGAGAAGUACAGCCUCUUCUCAAUGCAUCAUAGCUCUUCAGACGCUCGGAAGGAUUGCCAUGACGUAUCAAGAAGUCGAUGCGGGAGCGUUGAUAACAGACUCACCUAAUCAAAAGAUCUCGAAGGAAGUUAUGUCGACCAAUCUGCGCGGUCAAGCAUGCAUCACUGCUUUAUGGUACGUUGAAGACAGGCGACCGAAUGUGAGGUCAGCUGCUUUGACUUGCAUCAGAGAGUGCUUAUCGUCUAGGCUGGGUGGUCCUGGUACCUUACCUCUUCUGGUAGAAGUUCCAUUGUGCCGAUCAAAACCGCAAGCUAACACAGAUAUCACUCAACCUUCAGAAGAUGAAGGAGUUGAAGAGAAGAAAAAGAUCCCAACCAUCGAUGAUCGUGAAGUGCUACGCGAGGCUGUUAAUGCUUUGUUGAGCUCUCUACACUCUCCUGUUACGACCUUAUCUGAAGCUGUUCACUCGUUGCAGAUCCUCACGCAGCUUGCCAGUAGGUCGAGAGAUAUGUGCAAGGCAAUUCUGCAGAAUCCAUCACAAUUUCUCGGCAUUCUACACAAAUAUCUUCUAAAACAGACCUGGUCAGCCAAAGAAGGAGAUGUGAAAGCUUCCAUUCUCGCGCUCAAGCUCGUCUUAUGCUUGAUCGCAGGCGGCAGAGAGCUAGCACUUAUUCUUUAUGAUGGCGGCAUUACCUCCAAGCUUAUUCAUUUCAUUGCCAUUCCACCUUGGUCUGCACCUACAAGUGCACAAGCUCACUCUUGGAAGCAUAUGGACCUUACUUUGCGCGUAUACGAUGGACUUGGCCGAUAUGGCAUUGGUGCGAAUACAUAUAGCAACAGUCAUACAGCCUUUAUCGGCGUCGAGGAAUGGAUAAGUCACUUUGAAGUGGAAGAUAGCCCUUCCCCUUUACGCUCUUUACAGCUUCAAACCUUACAAUCUGCUUUGCGAUUGUUUUCUAGUUGGACUGUUUGUGCUACUGAUGCCCAUCAAACGCAUGGUCAUCACGAUAUCACUUGGAGUCAAGUCUCAGAAUGGUUUGAGCUGAGCACCGCAAUGCUGGAGCGUUUCUCAAAUAUAGCCAUAGAAGGAGGUGACGUGCUUACGUUGUCUGCACAAGGAGAUGCUAUCAAUCUCUUGGAAGUAUGGAAAGCAGGCGCCAAUGCUAAUCGCAUCGAAGACUUGCGAAACGUCAAGUCAAAGGAAGGCGUGAUCGUUGGUGAGGCUACCAAAUUCUUUUCCAAUAUCAAAGCAAGCAUGACCGUCCAUACGGAUAUGCUUCUCAAUGCAAUGAAAAGCAGGAAAGGAGAACCGUUUUGGCUUUCGCAAUUGCCGGUCCUUAUCAAUAUUAGUCAACUAUGUCAAGCUGCCAAUGCGGCCGUUGGAUUCACCAAAGACUCAACAGCGAUUUCCAGUGAACUACUUUCGAUCACUGCAUUGCUGAUGCGAGAGAUUCCAUGGCAACAUCUCUCUAAUCAAUCUGCCAUUCAAGCUGGCGUGACAGAGGUGCAAAGAUCUAUCGUAGAAUUCAUUAUCCAGGCUUACGUGAAUCUGCAAGCUGUCGAAGCAGGAGAGCUGCAAUGGUUGCAGCUUCUCACAAUAUCGCCACCGGGAACCGAAGCGGUUGUUAGAGAUGCACUGCUCAAAUACCUUCCCGUCCAGUUGGGCGACGAUGGGGCAAAGGAACUGAAGAUUUUGUCUCCUUUCUUAGUUGAGCUUCUUCGACAGAAGAAAGAGGAAAACGUUGCUCCGCUUCGUCCUUCAGUUGAUUCAUUGAAAAAGACGACUACUUUGUUCACCAUUUGUUAUUCAAGUAUCGAUGAAGAAGACGAGGAAGUGGAGACGGAUCCAGUUUCCGGAGUUCCAUUAUGGAAAUGCGCAAAUUCCGGUUUGCCUUUACGGAAAGAUUGGCCUUUCGUUGCUUUUGAUGAUUUACUGCAUUCUGGCAAUUGUGCUUCUUUACACAGACCAAACGCACUAUCAGAAGACUGGGACGCAAACGAGCUAGAAAUCGUUCGAAGCUCUUUAUCGCUUGCUUUACGUUUAUGGGACAGCGAUACUCAAUCUACAUCGUCUCUCCCUUCGUCAUCUGAAGUAUAUCUGGGUAUAAUGAAAGUGUUCAUGCUGGAAGAAGAAACUGGAGAUACCCGUGCAACCGGAAAGAUUACCGGUCGUGAUCUGUAUCGAGAUGAACAAGUUUCAGAUUCGUUGGACAAGCUUUUCAAGCUUGCCAACAUAUUACACUUUAAUGAAGAUUCGAUGCAAAGUGAAAAUCUUGAAAAUGCUUGUCAUCGUCAAUUUGGAACUUUGCUUCCCUUUUAUCAAUUGUUUACGGAUCUUUUGGGUUUGUACGAUGGUAUUUCGUUUGGAAUGGAAUUGUUUGGGAGAGCGAUCUUGGUACCUCUGCAAAUGCGUUAUGCUGUGGAGUAUAGGAGAUUAUUAUGGAUCGAUUAUGCACAUUAUCUCAAAACGAUCACGACUACAGCACAAGAUGCACCAAAUGGAAUUCAAGCAUACAUUUCUGAACAAGAGGUUGAUGAUAGCGUAAUCCGAGGAAUGUCAUUGGCUUUGCUUAGCGGUCACGUUCAAAAGGUAAGGAAUGGCUUCCUUUUUGCUGUUGCGAUCAAUCAACUUGCAAGCCUGAUUUGGACAACAAAAGACUCGAAUCCUAAAUCGAAUGCAAGGGCAAAUCAACUGACAAAAGCACUUUUCCGAGAUUUACAAGGAAACAACACGUCUGAGAUACCCUAUAUAGCAGAGAUGAGACAGGCUAUAGUGGAAUGGGAGCCUAAGGGGCAAGUUCUGCCUGAGACAGAAAAGCAAGAGAGACUUGCUUUUAUUCUACAUAAUUGUAAUCAAGAUUGAAGUUCUUUAUCAUAUGUACACUAUUUCAGCAAACAAUUCAUGCAUUCGAACCCAUC